CAACGAUGGUUAUCAUUUGGCGGGAAAGUGUUGAAAUAAUUUUAGAUCAUACUUUGAUAGCAGUUGAUGGUAACUAAUGGCAGAAUGUUAGCAGAAAGUGUUGAGUUCCUUAACAACUUUAAGAAACAUGGAGCUUCAGGAGCUGGACAGAGUGUAUAUUCUUGCCGUACAUUCCUGGGACGUCUUGUGGAAAACUUUCUUACAGAUAUGGAUAAAGUCUCAGCAGCAUUAAAGAAAGAUGGAACAAGCAGUGAGUACCUGGCACCCCUACAGUUUAGUGGAAUUUUCCUACGGAGCCAAUCAGAGGUGUUCCUGCCGCCCCCACCAAGUCAAUCACCUAGCACUCCACCUCUUAAUAGGCCAGUGGAUAGUAUGCAAGAAGAUGACCUCACUCAAGAAUUUCUCAUGUGGUUUUUCUCGCGAAUUUUGGUUCUACUUGGACAUGAGAAAUGUGCUGCCCUCCAUGAACGUACAAUAGAUACAAUACAUGAGAUGUUGCAGGCGGUCUGUAGUAGAGAUGCCUUCCUGUAUGGUCGCUUCUUGAAGGAACUUGUCCUCUGCAUAACAGACUUGGUACGUAUUUCCGAAGACAUGUUUGAUGGUAAAAUAGACAGUGACAAACUUAUAAGAUUUCCUGUGAACAUCUCAAAAGUUCUACAAAGUCUGCAGGAACCAGUCAAGAGAGAAGGAUCUUGUGAGGUGACUCUUUCCGUCGCUGAUUUUGCUGUUGUUGAUAUAUACUGCUGUGAGUCAUUACAACUUAACAUCACGAAGAUUUUGAACAAAAUAGCAUCAGAUCUGAACAAAUUUUGUCUAGAAUCUCAAGUGAAUGCAUUGUGGGCAAGUUUAUGCUACCAUGUGGAGGAGGGGGAUUUGACCUUGAAAACUGAAUCAUUAAAGUUACUUGGUGAGUUGAUUAAUUACACAAAGGUGCCUUUAGAAGUGGAGGAAUACUUCAUUGGUUGUUUAACUGCCAUGCUGGAACUACUUUCUACUGGUUUACCACUAGUUGAAGAUGCCACUGCUGAGGAAAUACAAAACCUAGAAAGAGCUGCUGCGUCUGUGUUUGUCAGUUUGGUUACCAGGGGUAACUUAAACAUCCUGUCAUCAUACCAGGGCACACUACACACAUUCUUGUGUAAAAUGGCGGCCAUAUUUGAAAGUAAUGGUUUAUCCCACCUCCAGACAGGAGAGCUCAAGAGGGCAAUCAGUUCAUUACUAUGUGAGAUACAAGACCAGCUUUCAGCACAGUACCUCCUAAGUUUGGUGUGUAAAUCUCAGAGAAAUCAGCUCGUUGCAGCGUUUAUCAGUGAAAUAGGCUUCUUGAAUGAUUUACAGUACAUGGUUGGACCAUUAGUGAAGGCAGUGAUGUGCGACUUGUCGGUGAAAUGUCCAGAUAACCUUGGCAAUAAAAGAUCAUUGGUGACAGAUGACCAAACCCCAAAUACUGGCGGAAAACUUUCAAGGAAAAGAAAGUUGGAUGAAGGUCCAAGGUCAGCUGUGAGAAUUGAGGGACUGAGUAUUACAUACAAAGUUUUGAAGUCAAAACUCAAUAAAUUCCUUGAAGAAGAUAUACAGGAAGAUGUAUGUAAGAAGAUGGAAGGGGUUCAGAUCAUUCUAGAAAUAGUAUCAACAUGUAUACAGAUGUAUAGUGAAAAUACAGAGGCUGUUAAACAAAGGCAAACAGAUUUUACAAAGUUGACGUCCUGGUUAAGUUUGGAGAGUUGUAAUGAGAUAUGUGGGUUGCUAUUCCGUGUACUACAAUACCUGACUGUAGUUGAGAAACCGUCUGCUGAAAUAAAUUCCUGCUUUAUCUCCAUAGUAAAAUGUAUAGGAGCUCUACUUAUUGUACAAGAACACGUAGAAUAUGAUCCAGAUAUGUAUCAGACGCUAGCAUGGAUUGUCUCAUUACCAUGGUUACUUAAUGAUCCAUCCUGGAUAGAUCUGAAGCCAACCAACUCUAGAGAUAUUGUGAAAAUAGCUGGCAUGCUUGUACCAAAACUCGGCUGCAUAAGCAACUGUGAAUGUUUGAAUGUUCUUGCCUUGCUGCCCAAGGAAGUGGCUCCAAAAUGGCGAGUACAUGUGUUCAGACAGGCAUUGUGUGACACUGUGGUUGAUGUAAAACAGACAGCUAUCAACGUUUUCCCAAUAGUGUUAUUUCACCUCGGACCUAAUGCUAACCAUCUAGUGUAUGACAUACUACACCCAUGUGUUGAGGACAAGUCAGAAAAUAUCCACAGAUCUCUUGCAGCAGUGUGUGGACCUCUGGCUUGUGUUGUUAGCAGAAAGGCUGUUAUCAACAAGUCAAGGGAGAUAAGUAUGGUAGAUCCUAUGUACAAGAAUGUUGCAGUAGGUUGUCUUUCCUGUGACUGCUCUACUAUGAUUGAUACUGCUGGAAGCUCUAAAGAAAGGUCCAGACUUGUGGAUGCUAACAUGUUUCUACCUUUCCUGCAUCUUGUAAACAGUGAUAAAUCAGACAUAAAGUCAGCCCUAGUAAGAAGUAUGAGACGUAUGUUUGGUCAUAUUGGUGUAAGGAAGAAUAAUGCAGCAACAAUUAGUGUCCUCAACACAGCCCUGAAUCUGAUAGAGGAUACGGAUUAUGAUGUUCGCACUGCCUUUAGCAAGGUUAUCCAGUACUUGUUGGGAGAUUCUACAGUUGAAGGAUCCGAGGGAACCAAUGAACUGGUUCUCAGUAAGCUACGAGAGGCAUUUUCCCGGGCCCAGAAAGACAGUAAUGUUAGACUACAGGAGACGGUACUGCUGACUAUAGCACAGCUAGGAAGAGUAUCAGAGGGAGAGAUGUUGAUGGUGGUGAUAAUUGUGUUAUUAGAGAGUAUGUUAUCAAUAACACCACUUGUAGCUGCUGUAGCCCACGAAGAGUUGAAAGAUAUAGCUGACCAUAAGAAUACAACUACACAGAAUUUGUUUAUGAGAUGUCGUCAUGACGUCUGCAAGUUUCUGGUGGAAGCCAUGCAUAAUGCUCAGAUUGGUAAACUCAGUAAAUCAGCCGAAGAUAUUCUUAUUGAAGUCUCACAAGUCCUUGGAUUUCCUGAUGUGAAAACUUUCUUAUCUGGGACAGAGAAGUAUAUAGUGCCUUACCUGGUGAGUAAAGGGACCACUGCAGCAUCCAACCUGAUUAAACUGAUAGCUACAAAACUAUCUGUAGUAAGUCGCAGUAAAUUAUUGAUCAACAAUACAAAGUAUGUAUUCUCAUAUCUGGUACGCUUCAAACAGAAGGAAGCAGAUCUUCAGGCAGCUAUACAAUACCUACAGAAAGAAACCAAGUUUGAGCUGGCAGAUUUAUUGAGAAUAGAUUUUCAGAGAGUUCAUAAUGAACUACUUCUACAUCUUGGUACAAAUUAUUCUCAGGUUUUUCAUGGUUUGAAGAUUUUGUCCUCAUAUGACAUUCAGUAUAAAGAUGGACCAAUCACUACUAGCGAGGAAAUGGCGAAUUAUCUACAGCCCAGAUUACUGGGAGUUCUGGCUCAAUUUGACUCCCAGCUUCUACAGUCCAGCAUACCCAUGGAGGAAAAAAGACCUGCUCUAGAUAGUUUGAUAUCUAUUAUACGGUUGAUGGGAUCAAAGAACAUCAGUAGUAUAAGACAUAAAGUGAUGAACACAUUGAGGAUUGGUCUACAGUUUACAGAUAAAGAAUUCACAGAAAUCUCUUGUAAAGGCUGGAACUGUUUUGUUAGGAGUUUGGAGCUACCAUUCCUUGGUCAGAUGUUACCACAAAUCAUUGCUACAUUAUUACCACUGCUGAAACAAUUACCUAAACAGGUCGCAGAAAUAUUCAACUAUAUGAUAGUAGAAAACAGGAAUGCCUUAAAGAGCCAUUUUCAUGACAUAUACUUCCUGCCAGAUAUGCCAGAACUAACUGAAGCUAACACUGUACUGAAGAAAUAUUCUGAUGGACCAUCCAGUCAGUCAGAUUUUAAGAGUAGAUUGGAGCAUUCUAUGCAGGGGAUUCAGCAUGACAGUUUAGAUGUUAGGCUUCAUGCCCUCUCUAAGCUGAAGAAACUGCUCAAAGAUGAAAGGCAAGCAUUCUUUCAGUUAGUGAUGGAAAGUGAGACAGCUAACCGGACAGUUUCAUCUCUAAUAUCUGUGUUAUUGAAGGGCUGUAGAGAACCAGAUGUUAGGGCACAAAGGUUGUAUGCCGAGUGUCUGGGUAACUGUAGCGGUAUUGACCCUGGGAGACUCGAACUCUCAAUCAACAACCCGAAGGCUGAACUUGCCAAACUCCAUGUCAGCAUAGAAGAUGACAAGUUUGCAGUGGCACUGAUCAACGAGGUAGUAAAAUCAUACCUUGCUGCCACCACUCCGAGAAUCCAGGAUUGUUCAGCGUAUGCCCUGCAAGAGUUACUAUCAACGUAUAAGAUAUCUGAGUCUAGUGAUGAUAAACAUUCACAGAAGUUGUGGAACGAAUUUAAAGAACCCAUCAAAGAGAUUCUGAUUCCAUUAUUAAGUUCAAAAUACAUUUUAGCAACAGACCAAAACUGGUCCUCACUUCAGAAACCAAUUUAUUGCUCUAAGAAAGGUAACUCUUUCAAGGAUUGGGUGAGCACUUGGACAGGUUAUCUCUCCUCAAAGGUGAAGGCCAACAGUAAAGCUCACAAGGUGUUUAAGUCAUGUAGUGCCAUGUUGAACUUUGAUAUACAUAUUGCCAUCUAUAUUCUACCAUAUGUGGUGUUACAUGUGUUACAAGAUGGCUCAGCUGAAGACAUUGACGAGAUAUUUGCCGAGAUAAAUGAAGUAUUAAACCAGGGUACUCGCAGUGAUGGCAAGUUAAAGGGUUCCAACUAUCACCACAUGAGCGCACAGACCGUGUUCUCUAUACUGGAUUAUCUUACCAAGUGGAAAUACUUUAUGCUGCAGCUUAAAGCUGCUGAGAUGCAAAAGAGGAAAGGUGGAAGUUCUAUGUUAAACUUACCAGAGGAAGGCUACAAUAAGGUGAAGGAAUUUCUAGAGCGUAUACCUCAGGACAAGAUUGCUCAAGUAUCAUUUAGUUGUAAAGCAUACACUAGAGCUCUCAUGCACUUUGAACUUCAUCUUGGUGGUAAUACCAGUCUUUCUAAAGAACAGCUUGACUUUAUGCAGAGACUUUAUGUUGAGCUAGAUGAACCAGAUGGUGUUCAGGGCAUGGCUGCCAUCAGACAAGCUCCGCCCACCUUGCAGGAACAGAUCCUUGCCUUCAGUGGAAGAUUAGGUUGUCAAAUAGAGUUACAGACAUGUUAUGAGCAAGCUAUUCAGUCAGAGCCAGAAGAUUUAAACAAUCAUCAGGGACUUUUACGCUGUUUAAUGGAUCUAGGUCAACCAUCACAGGCCCUACAUCAUGCUACAGGAGUUAUAGCUAACAGAAAAGGGUGGGCCCCUCAGAUAUUACCAUUUCAGGUUGAGGCGGCAUGGAAACUUGGAAAUUGGCAUGAUCUGGAAAAUUUUACCAAAGUGGAUAAGACAAGCAGAAGUUGGCCUCUAAUGCUAGGAAGAAUUUUACUUGCAGCUAAAGCAAAGAAAGAGGAUGACUUCCUGCAGCAUCUACAAAUAGCAAGACAGGAACAAGUCGGGCCCCUGUCAGCUGCCAGUUUUGAAAUGGGCUCCUACCAAAGAGGUUAUGAGUAUAUUGUUAGACUUCACCUGUUGAAUGAGAUUGAGGAAAACAUGCAUGUAUUUAUGAAUCUUGGUGAAGAUGAUGGUGGUAACAUAACUAAACAAGAUCUGGUCUCACAAUGGCAGACCAGGCUUAAAAUGAUGCAGUCUUCGUUUCGAAUCCAAGAGCCUGUGUUGACAAUGAGAAGGACCUUGAUGACCUUGAAUGAACAUGAAGGUCAAAGUGAUCUUGACCUUGACAGAGAAGUGGGUCACAGUUGGCUAAGCAGUGCUAAGAUUGCACACAAGACAGGAAACUUGCAGACAGCUUACAGUUUCUUACUUCAGGCCAGUGAGUUUAAUCUACCUGAAUUUUGUUUACAGAAGGCAAAAUGGCACUGGGAGAAGGGUGAGCAUGACCAGGCCAUGUCUCUACUGGAGAGAGAAAUGCAGCAACAUUUUGGUAAUGUAGCACAACUAAAAGCUGACAUUUCUGAGGAAGGCAAUACAAGAAGAAAAGUGUAUGCUAAGGCACUGUUGUUAUAUGGGAGAUACUGUGAGGAAACAUCAAAGAUUGAGAGUAAUGCUAUAGUUAAACAAUACAAGGAGGUUAUUGAAGUGGCCCCAGACUGGGAACAUGGAUAUUUUUACCUGGGAAAAUACUUUGAUAAGAUCAUGACGGCACUCGUGGAUGAUAAAGAUGAUAUCUCCAAACAAGGGGAGUUUGUUGUCCAUGUUGUUAAGAACCUAGCAACAUCUUUACGCUAUGGUAACCAGUUUAUAUACCAGUCGUUACCACGGUUACUGAGUUUAUGGUUGGAUUUUGGUACAUCUGUAGUGGACCAGGAGAAGAGGGAGAGGUCAAAGGGGUCAUCAUCAUCCUCGUCGUCUCAGUCAUUGCAGAAAAACAAAAAUAAUCUGAGCAAGCUGAAUAAUAUGAUUGGUACAUUUGGGAAGACUCUUGCUCCAUACCAGUUGUUCUUCGCAUUUUCUCAACUAACAUCAAGGAUAUGCCAUGCUCAUCCUGAAGUGUUUCUUCAACUUAAGAUGAUCAUAGCAAGACUUGUGGUCAGUUACCCCCAGCAAGCACUAUGGUUUUUGAUGGCAGUAUCAAAAUCAUCAUACCAAAUGAGAGCAAAAAGAUGCCAGGAAAUAUUUGCUGCUGCCAGAGAGAUGCAAAAGAGCCUUGAAAAAGUUAUUAAGGAUUACCUGAAGUUAACUGACAGACUUCUAGAACUCUGUGAGAAAGAUUUGCCAGGACCAGCUACCGCUAGUAUUGAUAAGAAUUUCAGGCCUCUCAAACGUCUGCUUGAAGAUGACAGUUUUACACCAGUGCUUCUACCCCUUCAGUCUUCCAUGACCGUGGCACUACCUAACAAGGUUGACAAAAGCUCAAACCACAAUCCUUUCCCUGGAAACCAAGUCUACAUUCGUGGAUUUGAUGACACAAUUGAAAUUUUACAAUCCCUGCAGAAACCGAAAAAGAUCACAAUGAAAGGCAGUGAUGGUAACCUCUAUGUAAUGAUGUGUAAACCAAAGGAUGAUCUAAGAAAGGAUUGUAGGCUGAUGGAGUUUAAUGGGAUCGUGAAUAAAUUCUUGAGGAAAGAUCCAGAAUCUAGGAAGAGAUACCUGUAUAUCAGAACUUAUACUGUCAUACCAUUGAAUGAGGAAUGUGGAUUGAUAGAAUGGGUAAACAACACUAGUGGAUUGAGACAUGUGCUUCUCAAACUGUACAAAGAGAAGGGACUUUAUACCAGUGGUGGAGAACUCAAAUCUAUGAUGCCCACAGUACAGUCUCCAAAAGAGGUUAAAUUGAACAUUUUUAAAAAUAAACUGUUACCUAGACACCCACCUGUGUUUGGAGAAUGGUUCCUACGUACUUUCCCUGAUCCAACAUCAUGGUAUAAUGCACGACUUGCAUACUGUAAGACAGUAGCUGUAAUGUCAAUGGUCGGAUAUAUCCUUGGUCUAGGUGACCGACACGGGGAGAAUAUACUGUUUGACUCAACCUCCGGAGAUUGUAUACAUGUUGAUCUCAACUGUCUGUUUAACAGGGGAGAAACUUUUGAAUGGCCAGAAAAAGUUCCAUUUAGACUGACACAUAAUCUGGUACAUGCUAUGGGGCCAUUAAAGCUGGAGGGAAUAUUCAGACGAGCAUGUGAAGUAACAUUAAGAGUUAUGAGGAAAGAAUCUGAACCUUUGAUGAGUAUGUUAAAACCAUUUGUUUAUGACCCCUUGGUAGAGUGGAGUAAACCAUCUCGUGGACAUAGACCAAAUCCAACAGAUUCUGGGGAUAUUACAAAUGAACAGGGCCGUGUUCAUGUACAUAAUAUAGAGCAGAGACUUCAGGGAAUUUUGAACAAGGGAACCAAGCGUAGUGGACUAGCGUUGUCGGUGGAAGGACAAGUAAAUCAUUUGAUACGAGAGGCAACAGAUGAGAAUAACCUCUGUCAGAUGUACAUAGGCUGGGCAGCUUAUAUGUAGUGCUCUAUUAUAUAACAUGUUGAACCUGAUGAAAAAUGAAAAUGAUUUUUUGUUCAUAUAUUUUUUGUUAUCACUACUUUUUUGUUCCUGACCAAUAUUCUAUGACAAGCUGUCUGUGUGAUAAUUCAGGUCCUUGAUAUUGGUCAUGGUGUUUUUGUCAUGUAGGACCACUUGAUUUUGAUGGUGGAACAUUUAUACUCUUAAAUAUUAAUUAUCAGUGUUUGGAUCUGGAAAUUGAUUAAUUUUACAUCUUUGGAAAAGAAAAAUUAAGAAAAAAAUUGAGGUGGUCUGAAUAAUGUUACUUAAUCUAGGAACUUUAAUAUUUUUAUAAAGUUUUAUUGAAUGAUCAAAUAUUAUGCAGACUUUCAAUAUGAAAAUAUUUAUAUGUUUAUCUUUGCUUCAUUUUGUUUAUCUGACGUUUUGUUUAGUUUCUUUUCAGUUCAGAGUUGUUUUGUUCGGAAAGGUUUCUUUCUUUUAUUCUAUUAUGUUUCUCCUAAUAUUUUGUUGUCUCAAUCAGUGGAGAAGGGAUAUAACUUACAUGUACAUUGUAUAAGGACAAAAGGGAAAACAAAUUAGAAGCAUAAGAAGGGUUAAAAGCCAAUUAAGCUUAAAAAAUGAUCAAACUUAUAUUUUUCAAAAAAUUUAUUUUUGGGGUCCUGAUAUAUAUAUAUUUUAAGUUACUCAUUGACUCAUGACCUGUGCCAUUUUUGCUUCUUUUGCAUUUUGAAAUUUAGCGCAGUUAUAGUGAUUUGAUAUUUUGUAUGGAAGUUAAAAUACCAGUUUUUUAUAUUUUGCUUCUUUAAUGAUGGAUGAUUCUAAUUCUUCAGGUAAUAAUUGUCAAACAUGCUACAUUACACUAAUAUUUGUCCUUUCUAAAGAAGAAAAAAUGUAAUCAUAUUAAGAUGUGCCUUACAGCCAUCGUUAGCAUAUAAAGUAUUUUGAGGAUUGUUUAGUUAGAUUUAUUUAAAAAAAACAAUGGUAUAAUAUGGCACAUCAUGUUGAAAACAUACAAAAACAGAUACAGUAUGUAUGCAUUUAUAAAUAGCAAUGCCAAAAUAACGUUAAACAUUGAUAUUUAACACAAAAAAGAGUGAAAACAAACUCUUAUCAAUUGUUAUACCCAUGUAUAUAUGAAGAAACAUAAAUGUUUGUUGGAACUUUAUUGGGCGUAGGAGAUAAUUAAGACUUGUUUUAUAUCAGAUCAAGUUAUUUUGUAUAGUACAUUUCUUUUGUAAGUCUGGUAUAUAGGAGUAAAGUCUGAUUUGCUGAUUUCAAACACACUUUUUAUCAGAAAAUAUGAGGGAAAUUUGUUUUAUCAUAAAGUUCAGCAAAGUUUUAGUGUAAUAGAUAACUUGUUAAGUAAUAUUUUUGGAAUAAUUAUAUUUAUACGACUAUUAGCCAAUAUAAUUAUGUGAAUGUGUUUUGAGAAGAAAGCCUUGUUGAGAAAUUGUUGGAAACGCAAUUUCAUGGUUAAUGUUACAUUGUUAUCACGUUACAUAUGGAAUUGUUCAUAUAUGAAUGUAUAUUUUGGGACAUUAAA